AUGGCUCUCCCUGAUGAAUUGGAAGCUCUCAACAAGGCCUUCUCAGGACAUGGAAUCCACGAGCAGACGUUGAUAUCAAUACUGGGAAAAUGGCAUCCGGAGCAAAGGAAAUCCUUCCGGAAAGGAAAUCCCAACCUUUUCAUAGAGGAUGAACGUAACUUUGAGCGGUGGGAUGAUCACCAUGUCAGGCUUCUCAAGCAUGAAUUCAUGCGUUUUAAGAAUGCUGUGGUGCUUUGGACCAUGCAUCCAUGGGAAAGGGAUGCUCGGUUGGCAAAGGAGGCAUUGAAGAAGGGGCCACAAUCGUAUGGUAUCAUCAUAGAGAUUGCAUGCACCAGAUCAGCCGAGGAGCUCUUGGGAGCAAGGCGGGCCUACCAUUCCCUCUUUGAUCAAUCAAUGGAGGAAGAUGUUGCUCAGCACAUCAACGGCUGUGAACGUAAGCUCUUGGUUGCUCUUGUGAGUGCCUAUAGGUAUGAAGGAUCAAAGCUUAGGGAUGAUGCAGCAAAAUCUGAGGCCAAGACACUUUUUGAUGCCAUCACAAAUGACAAGCCCAUUGAAGACGAUGAGGUAAUAAGGAUACUAACAACAAGGAGCAAGCCCCAUCUCCAAGCAAUAUAUAAGCACUACAAGGAGAUUUCUGGCAUGAAUAUUGAGGAGGAUCUUGAUGCUGAUUUGAGGCUAAAAGAGACUGUGCAAUGCCUAUGCACUCCCCAACAAUAUUUUAGCCAGGUCUUGGACAUGGCUCUGCAAAAGGAUGUAGACAAGAGUACCAAGAAAGCACUGACUCGAGUGAUUGUAACCCGAGCUGACACAGAUAUGAAGGAGAUCAAAGAUGAUUACCAUAACCAACAUGGGGUUUCUCUAUCCAAGAAAAUUGAAGACACAGCUCAUGGGAACUACAAAGAUUUCUUGCUCACUUUGAUUGCAAGAGGUGGAUAA